GCCUUUUGUGGCAGAUGAAUACAUUGAACGCCUGGCAUGGAGAACACCUGGAGGAGGUUCCAGAGGUGGAGAAGCUUUUGAUCCAAAAAGAUUAUUGGAAGAAUUUGUAAAUCAUAUCCAAGAAUUACAGGUAAUGGAUGAAAGGAUUCAGAGAAAGGUGGAGAAACUAGAACAGCAAUGCCAGAAGGAAGCUAAGGAAUUUGCCAAGAAAGUACAAGAGCUGCAGAAAAGCAACCAGGUUGCCUUCCAGCAUUUCCAAGAACUAGAUGAGCACAUCAGCUAUGUAGCAACUAAGGUCUGUCACCUUGGCGACCAACUGGAGGGGGUAAACACGCCACGGCAACGGGCUGUGGAGGCUCAGAAGCUGAUGAAAUACUUUAAUGAGUUUCUGGAUGGAGAGCUGAAGUCUGAUGUUUUUACAAACUCUGAAAAGAUUAAAGAGGCAGCUGAUAUUAUUCAGAAACUGCAUUUGAUUGCACAGGAACUGCCUUUUGACAGGUUUUCUGAAGUAAAAUCAAAGAUAGCAAGUAAGUACCAUGAUUUAGAGUGCCAGCUAAUUCAAGAGUUUACCAGUGCACAGCGGAGAGGCGAAAUCUCCAGAAUGAGAGAAGUAGCAGCAGUUUUGCUUCAUUUUAAGGGCUAUUCCCAUUGCGUUGAUGUGUAUAUAAAACAGUGUCAAGAGGGUGCAUUCCUGAGGAAUGACGUCUUUGAAGAUGCUGCCAUUCUUUGCCAGCGAGUGAAUAAGCAAGUUGGAGAAGUCUUUAGCAAUCCAGAGACUGUGCUAGCCAAACUCAUUCAAAAUAUCUUUGAAGUUAAACUUCAGAGUUAUGUAAAGGACCAGCUAGAAGAACACAGGAAAUCAGAUGCAGAACAGUAUCUUAAGAAUCUCUAUGAUCUAUAUACAAGGACUACUAAUCUGUCAAGCAAAUUGAUGGAAUUUAACUUGGGUACUGAUAAGCAGACUUUCUUGUCUAAGCUUAUCAAAUCCAUUUUCAUUUUCUACUUGGAGAAUUACAUUGAGGUGGAAAUUGGUUAUUUGAAAAGUAGGAGUGCUAUGAUUCUGCAACGCUAUUAUGAUUCCAAAAACCACCAGAAGAGGUCCAUUGGCACUGGAGGGAUCCAGAUCCACAAAAGGACUGAAGCAAAAUUAAGUAUUCAAGACCUGAAAGAGAGAAUAAGGCAACGUACAAACUUGCCAUUGGGGCCAAGUAUUGACACACACGGGGAAACUUUUCUGUCGCAAGAAGUGGUGGUUAACCUUUUGCAAGAAACUAAACAAGCUUUUGAAAGAUGUCACAGGCUCUCUGAUCCAUCUGACUUACCGAAGAAUGCUUUCAGAAUUUUUUCUAUGCUUGUAGAUUUCUUAUGUACUGAACACAUCGAUUAUGCAUUAGAAACAGGCCUCGCUGGCAUUCCUUCAUCUGAUUCAAAGAACGCAAAUCUUUAUUUCUUGGAUGUUGUCCACCAAGCCAAUACUAUUUUCCAUUUAUUUGACAAGCAGUUUAAUGAUCAUCUGAUGCCAUUAAUCAGUUCUUCUCCUAAAUUGUCUGAAUGCCUUCAGAAGAAAAAGGAUAUCAUAGAACAAAUGGAAGUGAAGCUGGAUAUGGGCAUUGAUAGGACACUGAAUUGUAUGAUUGGACAGAUGAAGCACAUCUUGGCUGCAGAGCAAAAGAAGACAGAUUUUAAACCAGAAGACGAAAACAAUGUUUUGAUUCAAUAUACUAAUGCUUGUGUUAAAGUCUGUGGCUAUGUUAGAAAGCAGGUGGAAAAGAUUAGAAAUUCUAUGGAUGGUAAGAAUGUGGACACAGUUUUGAUGGAGCUUGGAGUUCGUUUUCAUCGACUUAUCUAUGAACACCUUCAGCAAUAUUCCUACAGUUGCAUGGGAGGCAUGUUAGCUAUUUGUGAUGUGGCUGAAUAUAGGAAGUGUGCCAAAGACUUCAAGAUUGCGCUGGUGUUACAGCUCUUUGAUACUUUGCAUGCACUUUGCAAUCUUCUGGUUGUAGCUCCGGAUAAUUUAAAGCAAGUUUGCUCAGGAGAACAACUUGCUAACCUGGACAAGAACAUCCUUCACUCCUUUGUUCAGCUGCGUGUUGAUUAUAGGUCUGCUCGUCUUGCUCGUCACUUCAGCUGAGAGCAUGGAAAGAAAUGUUGUACCUUUGGGCAGGCCUCAGUUGUUAGAAAGCACAGGGAAUGAUUUCUUACCAAACCAUGGUUGUAACUUUUUGUGGGUAAUGACUGUUCAAAAUAAAGCAGCAGCCAUAUUUAAACAUGACUAUGUAGAAGGCGAGCAGGUAAAAAUCUGAAUGGUAUUUCAUGUAAGCUAAAGUUCUCCCGGUGAAUAAGUUUGCAAAUCUACUUGCUACUGAUUUUUUUUUUUUUUAUUGGAAACAUGUUGGUGUAGGAAGGCAAGUGGUACAUUGAAAGCAUUUUAGUCUUCAGUAUUGAAUUAUCAGAUACCAUUUGUUAGACUUGAACUACAGAGCAUAGCGUAGGUAAUGGAUUACAUAGAAUAGAGCAGUGUAAAAACAUUCUUCAUCAGUUUUAAUGACUUUGACUUCAGCACAGCUAAUCAUAAUCAAAUUAUCUUUGAUUGGUGUUUCUAAGUAAUUUCUUUCAUUUAAAAUAUCCUGCUCAAUGUAAUUUCUUGCUCUAAUUAAUUAGCCUGGAAUUUCUUUGAGAUGUAGGAGUAAAAGCAACACUGUCCCAGAAGGAUGUAAUUUAUUAAUUGCGUAGCGUUCUAAACAAAAGUUGUGCAAAGUUUUGGGGGUGUUUUUGGUGCUUUGGCUUUGGGGUUUUUUUGCACCUAAUAGUCGAGGUCCCACCAGAAUGUAUUGGCAUUGUGUGAUCUGACAUUCUUGUCUCUGAUGCUGGCACACUGAAUUUUAUACAUGCUCCUAAAAUAAAUGCAGCUGCCUUGUCUAAGGCGUCCUUAU